AUGAAGGAAAUCAUUGUGGAUAAUGAACAGUCGAGCUCCCCAGACACAGAACCGGUCUCGCCAAAGGUACUUGAGGUGUACACAAAACCGAACAAGAUCAGAGCAUUUCAGAAAUUCACAAAGAAGUGUCGAACCUCAAUUUACACAAAAUAUUUAGUGCUCACAGAUUUACUUCUUAAUAUUCUAAUUUGCAUAUUGUACUGUGGAGAAACGUAUGUUGUUGGAGAUGAUAAGCUGUGGACUUUUGUUGAUAUUGAAGUCGCCCUUUCUCUGUAUUUGUUCUUUACAAUGAUCUAUUUAAAUCUUAUUAAAUUAACUAUACUUGAAAGAAUAGUUGAUUUAAAUAUGAUCAUUAACGUAAUAACUGCAAUCCCGUUAUUUUACUUUGUCUUUGCAUCAAAGAGCAUUUUGUAUCCAUGGAGAAGUCAUGUGUACGGGUUUGGGUUUCUAAGAAUAGUAUUGGUUGUGGACUUGUUUGUUCCUGUCUCUGAACUGUUCUGGACUGGCAACAGUGUUAGAAGAUAUCAAAUCAUCUCAAAGUCCAUUCGUAUGCUCCUGACAAUAUUUUGCGUGAUGUACAUCUCAUCGUAUUUGAUUUAUCUACUCGAAGGAGAGUCGAUUGAAAGUAAGUAUCACGAGUACCACAACUGUUUCUACUUUACUAUUGUGACGAUGACAACUAUAGGUUUCGGAGAUAUCACACCACAGACGUUUGAAGGGAAAAUCCUCGCCAUUUGCACGAUUUUUGUGACUAUAAUUAUUCUCCCAAUACAAACUAAGUCGAUUCUUGACAUCGUCUCACAACCAACUCGUCCAAGUAAAGUGAAAACAAUCAACUAUGUGUUGUACUCUGGCGACGUCCGGAUGUUCAGUCUUUUCGACAAGAAUAUCAAGAAGGAGAUUGUCGCGCUUUUUGAUGGGAAUAACUGGAAAAAGUUGUUAGUUGGUAAUGUGAAGAAUUAUUAUAUCGAAGGCAACCCAAUUAAGAAGGAAGACUUGGAGUUGUGUGACAUAAAGAGUGCAAAGCGGAGCCUAGUUGUGUCUGAUGGGGAUGAUUAUAUGGCAUUUUUGAAGUGCAAAUCAAUUAAAAUGGCGAACCCGAGUUUGAACCAGUUUGUGUAUUUGAAAUCAAAUCGGUUGUCAAAGAGUUUCCAAGCGAUGGGAAUUGAUGUGUUGUGUGAAGAUUAUGCCCAGCAGUUGAUGGUGGGAGAAGUUUGUGUGCCCAAUUUCAUUGAUUUAAUGCUCACACUUUUUUCCGUCGAUGAAAAGAUUAGAAAGUUGUAUGGAGUUGUUCGAAGCAUGCCCGUUCCCGAAUGCUUCAUCGGUUUGAAAGUUGAGGCGGUCACCUUGGCGUUAAUCCGAGAGGCGGACUCUAUAUUAGUUGGUGUUAAAAUGGAGGAUGUGAUAUAUUACACUGACGCUCCACGAACCUUGAGAAUUGAGGAUGUCAUGUUUGUUCUCGGCAACGACAAAUGCAUUGACCUAAUCCUUGACAAGACUGACAAUCAUUCUCGUGGCUUUUUCAAUAUCGAAAGUAUCCAAGUGGAGGAUGGAACAGAAGAGCCCGUUUUUGUUAAAGUGAAAAAUUUGAAGAAGACGAUGAUUGGGGAGUACAACGGGGAGAAUCACCUUCUUCUUGUUGGGUUUCACAACAACACUGUGUCGUUAGUUGAAAAGUUGCGAGAGAAGGAAGAGUCGGACAUUGUCAUAUUUGUUGAGAACUUAAAAGAUGUUACAAAAGAGUGGCCGAUUCUUUCAAACAUCCGUAAAUUGUAUGUUAUGCAAGGUAACCCACUGAAGGUCGGUGACUUGGACCGUGCUAAUAUCCGUCGUGCAAAAUCGAUUUGUGUGAUUCCAAGUAAAUCAAAGAAUUUUGACGAUGCAGAGGUGAUUAUAGUCUCCGAGACGAUCAACAGCAUUAUCAAUGGUCUAGUUCCCGUUGUUGUAGAAAUGGACGAUUUGGAGAAUGAACGGUUUGUGAAGAAAUAUGCUUCGGUAUACUCGAGAUAUAUGAUUGUCCCAAUGAUCUGUCAUAUGAUAAAAAACAAAUAUUGCGCAACGCUUUGGACGGACUUCCUUCAUUUGACAGGCAACGUUUCUGUUGUUAAAUUUAACAUUCAACAGAAUUGGAGUGGAAUGGCUUUUGCAGAUGUCUUUUCUUCUUUGCUUUCAAAGGGUUUAAAGUGUCUUGGAGUUGUUAGAAAGUUUGGGGACGAGACGGUGGUUGUUGCAGAAGAUGACUUGAUACUUGAUAUAUCUGACCAAAUCUUCUGUAUUGGAAAAAUAAAGACAAUUGCAAAACUCGAAGAGAAGACUGGAAUUAAGCCACUUUGCAUUUCACAAAUCCGUGACAUCAAGUCGUCCUCCUCAGCUAUUCCCGAACUUAUGGAAGAGGCGUAA